AUUCCGGUUUUUCCAGUCGGCUCCUUCUGGUUUAAAGCCAGGCAGGUCUGAAUCCUCCUCAGUCUCUCUUCAGCUUCAGCUUCAGCAGCAGCAGAUCCGCGGAAAUGGCUUCCAACACUGUAACGAUGGGCCACCUGCCCAACGGCGUGGGGGUUUGCACCACCAUUCCGGACAUCCUCUACGUGCCUGAACUGAUCUUUGGAGGCCUGGUGUGGAUCCUGGUGGCGUGCACCUACGUGGUACCGCAGAACCCUCAGGCCUGGGUCAUGUUUGUCUCAGUCUUCUGCUUCGUCAUGACCUUCGUCUGGUUGGUGGUGUUCGCCUGCGGUUCCCACGGCAACUCCAGUGGCUGGGCAGCUGCAGACUUUAUCUAUCAUCUCAUUGCCGUCGUCUUCUACCUCAGCGCCUCAGUUGCUCUGGCUAAAGUCACCAUGGACUACAAAUCCGAUCCCCUCACUAAAGUCUACAAGCUGGAUAUCUCUGCGGUUGUUUUCUCGUUUGUAGCAACUCUGCUCUACUUCGUCCAUACGAUACUGUCGGCUAUUCGAUGGAAAUCUUUCUAAACUCCUGACGCAACGUCAGGAGAUGUGAAAGGACAGAACUGACUUUUUAAUCGCUGAACAUGAAACUGUGGCCUGCUGAGAUGAUGGGAACGCUGGGAGUGAUGGAGGCCGCCAGUUUACAGUUUCUGUAUGGAAGCUUUGAAGCUGCAUCUGGUUUAUUGCAGCUUCUCAGCUUGAAGACGAACAACUUGAGCGCUCAGCUGACCCAGAUGGCUGGUUCCACAGUUACUUUGAUGUGACCAUUACUGUAACCCAAUUUGUUAAAAAUAUUUACUUAAAAAAAAUUUCCAAAAUAUUUUAAACUUUUGGUAAAAGUUCCCUAAUAGUCAGGUCAAAGUCAUACUAUGAUUCAAUUAUGAGACUUUUUUUAGAAAUAUGAGUACAUUAACUUGCUUAGUAACUUUUACCUCACUAAUAUGUUAAAUAUAAGGUUUAAUUUCUACCAGAUAGUGCUUUUUACUGCCUAACAUGUCAAUUAAAAAUUCAUAUAUUUACGUUUUCACUCAUUUUCUCUAACUAAAACAUGAUAAUUUGAGGAUUUUUUAUGGUAAUAAAGUGCUGUAGUUUGUUUUUUUUAGUAUUUUUUAUAUGCAUACUGUUAUAGCACUUUUCAAUAUAACCUUUAAAAUGAUGUAAAUCUGGUGCAUAUUAUAGUAUAGUAUGGUGACCUUGGGGUUUUUUUUGUUGAUUUUUUUGUAACUUAAAAUUAUAGAGCUCAUUUAAAAUAAAACUUUUAUUUUGAGA